GGGCUGGUGCUGCCGCUGGCGCUGCUGGCCGCGCUGCAGAGCCUGUGCCGCGCCUGGCUGCCGCUGCCCCUGGGGCUGGCCCUGGCCGCCGCCGCCGCCGGGCUGCUGCUGUGGCGGGCGGCGCCCCGCGGGCUGCUGCCGGUGGCGGGCAGAGCCGUCCUUGUCACAGGAUGUGACUCGGGCUUUGGGCAGGCGACAGCCCGGCAUUUGGACACCAUGGGCUUUCGGGUGUUCGCCAGCGUGCUGGACCUGCAGAGUCCUGGUGCCCAGGAGCUGCGCCAGAGCUGCUCGGCGAGGCUGACGCUGCUGCAGAUGGACCUGACCAAGCCGGACGACAUCCAGCAUGUCCUGCAGCACAUCCAGGCCCACACCAACAGCACAGGACUCUGGGGCCUGGUGAACAACGCUGGCUUCAACGACACCAUCGCCGACGCCGAGCUCUCGCCGCUGGGCAAGUUUCGCGCCUGCAUGGAGGUGAAUUUCUUUGGCUCCCUGGAGCUCACCAAGGGGCUGCUGCCCCUGCUCCGCUCCGCUGGCGGCCGCAUCGUCACCGUCAGCAGCCCUGCAGGAGACAUGCCCUUCCCCUGCCUGGCAGCUUAUGGGGCCUCGAAGGCAGCCCUCAGCCUGCUCAUGGACACGUUCCGCAGCGAGCUCCAGCCCUGGGGGGUCAAAGUCAGCCUCAUCCUGCCCGGCUACUACAAAACAGGGACGACGUGCGACCCAGCCUUCUGGAACCUGCAGAAGCAGCGGCUGUUGGCCAGCCUGCCCCAGGAGCUGCUGCAGGCCUACGGCGAGGACUACGUGGAGGAGAUCAACCACCAGUUCAUCCAGUUCAUGAAGGUGGCGGUGGAGGACCUGAGCGCGGUGGUGAACAGCAUCACGGACGGGCUCCUGGCUGCCAACCCAGCCGUGCGCUACUACCCAGGGCAGGGCCUUGGGCUCAUGUAUUUCAUACACCGCUACCUGCCCUAUUUUGUCCGAGACUUGUUCCUGAAAGGAUUCUUCAUCAACCCCAAGCUGCCGCGAGCGCUGCGGCGGGAGCACCACAACGAUGUGAAGAAGGCCUGACCUCGGCCCGCGCGUGGCCUCUCCCGGGAUUUCCAGGCGCGCCGGCCCCCGAGGCAGCGCCCUCCUGCACCGCGGGGGGAACAAUCAGCACUAGACGUUAAAAACCAAAUUUCUUUCCGAAAUCAGGUAGAUCUAUUUUCUAUUGUGCGAGAAUCAACAUUUUCUAGAGACCUUGGUUUUUUGUAUUUUUUCUAACCGUGCAUCCUCCAAGGGGCCCAUCCCUGCCUGACUGAGCAGCUCCGCAGGCUGGGAUGUACCUCGGGCAUUUCCUCAGCUACCCACCAUCUUCCAUACUGCUCUCAGAGCUGUUCGUCUCCGUCACCCCUUGGCUGGGUCAGGGCUGGGACCCUGUGGCUGCUGCCUCCCUGCCACUCAUUACACACUCCAUGUGCUCCCGGCGAGCGCAGGGGCCGAGGCCGGGCUGCCAGUGCUGCAGAGCUCUCCACGAGGUGAACCACGUGAUUGUCACUUUUUCAAUAAAGCCAUUCUUGAUAUUCCAGCA